AUGGAACGUAAUGUGAUGGAAGGAGGUGAUACAGGAGGUGAUGAUGCAUUAAGUGCUAGUGACAAUAGUAAAAGAGAAGGUGGCUAUAAAUCACUUGAAAAAAUUUGCUUACCACCAUUGUAUCAUCGGGAUGGCACAUCGUUUACACCUGUAUCAUCACAACGACAAGAUUACAUUGAGGAACCGGAAUCAGAAACUUCCUCAUCAUCAAAUCGGAAAAAUAGCACGGAUAAAGCAUUGGUACGACGAAUUACGAACGAAUUACAAGUAGCAAAGUUAGAGAAGGAAAAAAUUAAAGCAAAUGGUGAUACUGUCAAAGUUGAAUCAAAAAUCAGUAAGCUUUAUUUAAAUAUUUAA